UACUGCAGCUGAUAUAAGCCCAAAAUUGUUGCUUAUGUUUGGACCAAACUACAAAUUGGUUUAAGGUGCUCCCGUCGACAAUACACUAUUGCAGAGCGAGCGCAGAGGUCUGAUAUUUCUUGUCCAAGUGUUAACUCAACGCCGAGAGAAGUCACCUUUUUUGGUUUAAAAAACCUCGAAACUGCCCUUUGGCUCAUCUUUAUGUAACUAUUAUUGGGACAGAGAAGAUAAGAACAUUGUUUUUGUGAAAUCAGAUGUCGACAGCGACAUACCCACCACCUCCUCCGUUUUACAGGCUGUACAAGGACUAUCUUCAAGACCCCAAGUCUGCUCCGGAACCUCCCCCUCCAAUUGAGGGCACCUAUGUCCUCUUUGGUAGCAACUACACUACUGAUGAUGUACUCCCAAACUUGGAAGAGCAGGGCGUGCGUCAAUUAUACCCAAAAGGGCCUAAUGUUGAUUUCAAGAAAGAACUAAGAGCACUUAACAGAGAAUUGCAGCUACAUAUAUUGGAGCUUGCUGAUGUUCUUGUAGAGCGCCCUUCACAAUAUGCCAGGAGAGUGGAAGAGAUAUCUCUGAUAUUCAAGAACUUGCACCACCUUCUCAAUUCUCUGCGUCCUCACCAGGCUCGAGCCACACUUAUCCAUAUUCUAGAACUUCAGAUACAACGACGUAAACAAGCAAUAGAGGAUAUCAAGCGGAGAAGGGAAGAAGCUCAGAAGCUUCUAAAGGAGGCACUUGGUACCCUUGAGGGACAGUAGCAUGCUGUUUAAACUUUACACACAGCUGGCAAGAGUAAACUUGACGAGUUUCUUGACAAUUAGAGUGUCCAGAAUGCUUUGAAAUUACAGUAUAGAAAUCAUUCAGUCCUAAUGUGAAAUUUUCUUUAUACAGUGACAAUGCUUUUAUGUGGCCAGUGAUAUGUCACAAUCCAGUGCCAAAAAUUUGACGCUUCAGUCAUUGAGGCAAUACACAUGUGUUUAUGUAUGGUUCGAUUAAGGGUGUGUAAAAAGAUUUAGGUGAUCCAUCAAACAUGUAACUAUUCUGAUAUUAUUUUUAUUUCUUAAAAAGUAGUCUCAUCACUACUAUUGAACAUG